AUGCCGACUUCAACGCGUCGACAGGCACGCGCGCGUUCGCUGGAUGAACAUGCUCAAACGCCACCUGGCAGCGUGAGUGAGCUGCAAGAUGUGAGCACAGACGCGAUAGUCGAUCAGGAGAUGCAAGACGAUGGACAGCCUGUGGAAGAAGAAGAGGAAGAAGAACAAGAAAUCGAACUCGAACCCUUCCCACCCCCAGGCCUCAAAGAAAUCUCUUCCCUCGCCUCCUGGACCGUCAGCACCGCCAAACCCGGCAAUGGAGUCGCCGCCCUCCGCUCCCCAGACACGUCUCUCUUCUGGCAAUCCGACGGUCCGCAACCGCAUCUCCUUAGCAUCCACUUCUUCAAACUGGUGUCAAUCGUGCACAUGCGCAUAUACCUGGACUUUGAAUCCGACGAAUCCUACACGCCAACUAAAAUCCAAUUCCUAGCCGGGAUGGGCGUGCACGAUAUCCAGGAGUUCGCGGAGAUGAGUUUCGAGCAGCCGACCGGAUGGUUUGACGUAGAUUUCUCCAAUGUCGGACCGGUGGAGAUGGAGGAGGAUGAGGAUGAAGAUGCGCCGAGAGUGGUGGAUUGGAGCAAGCAGCCGGUGUUGAGGGCGUUUCUGGUGCAGGUGAGGAUUCUGGAGAAUCACCAGAAUGGGAAGGAUACCCAUUUGCGGGCGGUGAAUUUGUUCGCGCGGGAUGAGGCGUUUGAGGCGAGGAAGGAGAGGAGGGCGCCGAAGAGGGUGGAGAGGGAGGUGCUGGUGAGGGCGGGGAAGAUGGGUGGGGAGCGGAAGAAGGCGAUGGAGGGGAUUAGGUUGGCGAGUUGGAUGAUGGAGCCUGAGCUGCGAUGA